AAUUUAUUCAUUAUGAACUAAUCUAUGACCAAAUUAUAUUCCUAAGAUGGAACAGGAAGAGAUUCAUAUAUUUUUAAUGAUAAUGGAGGUUUUUACCCUGGAAAUUUCAAAUUAUAAAAAAAACCAUCCAAUCAAAACUGUAAUUGUUUUUCUCAAAUUCUAAGGGGCUUAUGGUACUUAUUCUCCUUAAAAAUCUCAUUUCAAACCUGAAAAACGCCAAUUUUAUUUUAGUGAUGGAACAGGAAGAGAUACAUAUGUAAUUAGGAAUGUUCAAGAUAAAGCAUACUUUUCACCUGAUUUUUCAUUUCAAUUAAGAAAAUAUGAUUCAUAAGUUUUAAGUCCUUAAUAUCCAUAUAAAUUACCUCCUUUAAAAUAAGCUUAAUUAUCCAUUAAAUCUGAUAAAUAGAAAACAUUAAUAUAGAGAUUAGCUAAACCAAAACUUAGAACACAAAAUGAUUGA